AUGGAUCGGCCUCCAGAGACUACGCCCGACGGCACCUCGCCGCGGACCUUUGCCCUCAAUCAUCUCAGGCCCAAGCACAGUUUCCAAGGCUGUUCGCGCAUCUCCGAUUACGAACUACAGGGGAAACUGGGAGAGGGAACAUUCGGUGAGGUCCAUCGCGCUCGAUCGAAAAAGACGGGUGCCCUCGUCGCGCUCAAGAAGAUUAUCAUGCACCACGAAAAGGACGGAUUUCCCAUCACCGCUCUUCGUGAGAUUAAGCUCCUCAAGUUGCUUUCGCACAAGAAUAUCCUGAAGUUGGAGGAUAUGGCUGUCGAGCAUCCAUCUCGAUCAACCGACAAGCGAAAGAAGCCAAUCAUGUACAUGGCCACUCCCUACAUGGACCACGAUUUGUCUGGCUUGCUUGACAAUCCCUCGGUCCAUUUCAAAGAAGCCCAGAUCAAGUGCUACUUGAAGCAGCUACUACAGGGACUUUGCUACCUCCACGACAAUCACAUUCUCCACCGAGAUAUGAAGGCCGCCAAUCUGCUAAUAGACAACCAUGGUAUUCUGCAAAUUGCCGAUUUCGGUCUGGCCAGGCACUACGAUGGCCCUACGCCGCAUGCUGGACGACCAAUGGGCGAUGGACGUCGCGAUUACACAGGCUUGGUCGUGACCAGGUGGUAUAGGCCGCCCGAGUUGCUGCUACAACUCAGACAGUACACAACUGCUAUUGACGUGUGGGGUGUCGGCUGCGUAUUUGGGGAAAUGUUGGUUGGUAAGCCCAUCCUCGCAGGCGAAAGUGACCCGCACCAGCUUGAGCUGAUAUGGGACCUGAUGGGCUCACCGAAUGACGACGUGAUGCCCGGGUGGAAACAACUUCCCGGUGGGGAGAAGUUGACACCCCGACCUCGACCUGGAAACCUGCAGAGUCGGUUCAGAGAGUUUGGGUCUGGCGCCAUUUCGCUACUCAAGGAACUCAUGAAACUAGACUGGAGAACACGAAUCAACGCCGUGGAUGCCUUGGAACACUCAUAUUUUAAAAUGGCACCGCUUCCAAUGGCGCCUGAAGAGAUUCCCACCUAUGAAGAGAGCCAUGAGCUAGACAGGAGAAAGUUUCACGACCGGAAAGCCAAUUUACCACCAGCCCCAAAGGGUGGCACCGUGGGUAUUGGCCCCGACGCAAACAAUGCCACGGCCGGCUUCAACAGUGGCGAUGGAUAUGGCCGAAGCGGUGUUAACGGCGCUCGGUAUAGAGACGAACGCCGGCCAGCAUGGCAACGAGAUAGAGGGCCUCAAGGCCGACCGCCGCCGCAGGAGAGACCAGGUAAUAGAGAUGACCCCGAAUACAGGAGGAACCGUCCCCCUGGGAGAGGGCCAGGCGGUGGAGGCGCAGGAGCAGACAUUGAUACCUACAUACCUGCGUAUAGGGGCGACGAGGCGGGCAGACGGAGAGAUGAGCGCCCGCGAGAUGAUCGAAGGCGAUAUACCGGAAAGGAUGAGCGAUGGGAUCGAAGGACGAGGAGCCGAAGUCGGUCGCCGGUCCACGAUAGGAGGAUGGACCGGGACAUGUACAGACGGUAG